AUGUCGCCGAAGCCCUCCCUCCCUGCCCUCCAAGCCCAGAUCAAAGCUCUCACGGGCUGCAUAAUUGCAGCUGGUCGUGGUUCAUGGUGCCCACAACCCUACUCCGUGCUAGUUUGUAUGUGUAUGUGCCCACGGCCACCGAGGCAAGCCGCCGCCUCAAGCAGGCAGUUGGUUAACGACACCGCUGUUCCUAGACAAGGGCCCCGGGAGCCUGUGUCGAACCGCAUUGGCCAGGCCGAGAUUUGGGCGUAUUCGAUGCUGCUUGUAGUCGGAAAGUGCCGUCAACCCUGCCGCCAAGAUAACUGGAUGCUCCCUGGUGUAAGUAUCGCCAACAGCCAAACACCACCCGCCGAACCGGACCCGUUAGGACCCAUUGCGUCCCAGGCUCACAGCAAGGCGAGUUCCUAUUUCGAGGUGCGAGCCAUCCACUCUUUUGCAGAGAAACUCGCGGUGCUUACCAAGGUGGUCCAUCAUGGCGGGGAGAGUCUUGGAGGGGUUAUUGGCAAUAGGGCAAAUCAGUUGGGUUGGCACACCAGGCUCACUAUCCAAGCCCUGUACCAGGAACUGCGCCCAGUUUCACCCUCCAAGGCAACAUCGCGCCGGACACUCAUUCGGAGUGGGUAUCCGAAACUGCGCCAGAGAGGCUCCAUCUCGCCGGAGAGGGCCUUCCAACUGGACCGUUUACUUGGAUUGAAACGAGCCAUGAAUCCUGGCCCAGUUAGUCCCGGCCUUAAUACCCAGCCACCCCAGAUUGAAGGAAGGCAACCACAGGGCUGA